AUGAUCCCUUUCAUUGGAAUUGACAUAAUUAAGAACGGAACAGAACUUGAAACCUGUGUUUACAGAAAGCCAACCAACACUGGUCUACUCUUGCAUUUUCAGAGCCAUGCGACAAACGUUUCAAAACCGGUUUAUUGAAGACCAUGUACCAUCACGCCCAUGUCCUGUUAUCUACGACAGAAGCCCUCAAUAAGGAAUGUGCCAAAUUACGUUCCAUCUUCUGCCACCCUGAUAUCUAAUUGGCCUCAUCCUGCAUCAAUUCUACCGUUGAUGUCAGAAAAGAAAACCGAUGAUGGCAACACGAUCAGAAUAGUUCUUCCCUUCAAAGAUCAGAUAGUCGCUAACUCAGUCCAUACUGGGCAAUUGCGUGAUCUCAACAAUAAGACUGACGUCACUUCACAGCCUAUUUUUGUGAGCAAAAAAUUGGAGCAAGGUCUUAAGUCUGAAGAAAUUAAGCCGAGUAUUGUAAGUCAGCAAUGCGUUGUUUAUAAAUUUGCAUGUGAUCUGUGUGAUGCAGUUAAGUUGGCUACACACUGACCCGACACCUUCAUCAACGCAUUGCCGAACACAAGUAUUCAGCUGUCGGUAAACGUUUUUUGGAAACGCACGGUGACAAAAAUCUUCUCAAUGAGGGUCAAUUUUGCGUUCUCAAGAAAUGCUACGGGAAAUAUGACUGCCUCAGUUUACGAAAUGCUAUUCAUCAAAGAACUGAGAACUUAACACUCAGAGGGACUCCAUCAGUGCUAAACUCUUUGAAAAUGUUCAGUUUGACUUGUAACAUUUUUUUAUAUGUUAGUUCCUUUUAAUAAACUAUUGUUUUUAUUGUAUUUAUAGAACAUUCAUGUUGUAUUUCUUUUCACUUGAUAAUGACGUCCGGUAACGUCGAAACGUCUUGUAUUUUUUACAAGACAAUUUAAAAUUUUUUUAAAUGUUUUUAAGAAACGUUUUUUCGCAAUUUUUUUAUAGCUAAAUGUUUUAAAAAGUCGCUUCUUUUAAAUUUCGGAGAUGACAACAGUUUAUUUUAAUUGAUUUACUUGUUUGUUUAUUUACUUUUUUGGCUUUUUAUUCUGUUAAUUUUUUAUCUAUUUAUUUUUUUAUGUAUAAAAAUGUUAUAAUUUUUUCCUAACAGAAGGUUUCGAAAUGUUCCAUGUUCCGAGUUUUAUCCACAGCCAAAAGGGAGUUGUUGCGACCGUUUGCACGUAGUUUUUUAGGACUUUUCUUGGUGCACCAUUCGAAGACAUUUCACAACUAGUGUCGAUUAUAGCGGAGCACCAUAGGUAAAUCCGUGAAAUUUUGGUUAUCACGUUACCUUCCGUCCGGACGGCCGACGUCUGUCCAUCCCCUCCAUGUAAUAUGGCCUCAAUGAUACGCGGACUCUGAUUGGCUGUUUUCUUGUAAUGACCGGGCAUUACUAACUAAGUGUCCAAGGCAUACAGCUAUUUCGAGAGAAGUUCGGAAGAAAUGUGCACCCGACAAUCCCGAAAGCAAAUAUGGGAUAUGAUCAGUACACUGUAGCUGUCGAACCUACUUUUGUUGCUUUCCUUUAAAUGACUGCAUACAAUCUGCAUGUAACUUGAUAGUAAACAUUUUUAUGGACAUCCAUGUUAUGGUCAAUUGACAGCUGUCAAAAAGGCCAUCCAUUGACCAGUGUCACUUGACUGCAUCGCGGGCUCAAGUGCACAAGUCAUUAAGGUGACGUGUUUUGACAUUUUAGAACGCUAAAGCACGCGGUCGACUAACGGCGACCAUAAGCUCCUCAAGCGCUGAGAUUUCAAUAGUUAGUCUUUUCCUCGAGAUAGAACGGAGAAAACGCUUUCGUAAUGGUGAGUCAAAAUUGAAAUAGAGAGUUUUCAGCUCCACUCUGUGUAUGUGUGUGUGUGUGUGUUUUGUUUAUAUAUCCGAUUUUUAGUGCUAAACAAGAAGACAUGUGUUGCCAGGCGAUCGCACCUCUUACUCAUAUUUUUCCACUCAUUAGGAACAAGAAUGGGGUUUAUUUAAGAACCAAAAGAGCUAGGGUUUACCUUAGAACCACAAAUAAGAUAAUCACUUUAUUGUUAUACAUUUAUUGUGAACAAUCUUUCUCAAACAUGUAUUCAUAACACCCAAGUUGAUGGCAUUCGUCCCUUCUUAAAAAGUCCUUAUAGAGUAAAUAGACUGUGCUAGUAUCCAUCUUACAAAGGCAAACUAAAUAUUUCAUCCAAGUCUCUUUUAAUUGCAAAUUUAGUCUAUUUUCCACUUCCUGCGGUGCAAGCUUCCAUAAUUUUUUCAAGUCUACUUUUCCUUUCAUUCAAAAUAUGUUGCCCACGCCUCCUGAGCAUCCAUGGUCAAGCAAGUGUGAUGCGGUUGAGAUAAAUCAUCCAUUUUACAACCAUCGCGGUGUUCAUUCACUGCUACAUAGAUCAGACGAUUCACUUCUCUAACAAAUACAUCUUGAAAAAUCUCUCCUAUUUUACUCCGUAUGAUGUGUACUCCCAUUUCAACUUCAUCAAUUAUGAUCUGGUCUGAUCGAACCAUGAUUUUAAAUCUCGAGAAUGAUUUGCUUAGUAAGGAAUGACCAUUUUAUGUGUUUUGAAACAAUAGAAAAAACUGGCAGGUAAAAAGCAAACCCUGACAUCAUCUUACCUGGCAAAAAUAUGACACCAUCAUGAUCAAGUAAGGACAUGAUAUCACUAUUCUAUUUAUAGAUUAUGAUCUCAACAUUUUUUGAAGACGUCAAGCCUUGGGGUAUUCUGAUGUCACUUGCUCCUUGCCAACUAAAAAUAAACUAUGACAUCAUCCCAUCUUAA